AUGAAUGAUCUACUUGAUCCAACUCAAAGGAACCUUCUGGUAAGGGAUGAGACCAAAGGUUCUUUCCAGGUUGAGAAUUUGAGUGAAGAGUAUGUUAACACCGUUGAAGAUGUCACUCAACUUUUGGUGAAGGGACUCUCAAACAGAAAAGUUGGUGCCACUAAUGUAAACUCAAAGAGUUCACGAUCUCAUGUAAUUUUUACCUGUGUCAUUGAAUCAUGGUGCAAGGGUUUGUCAUCAAAAUUCUUCAGCAGUUCAAAGACUAGCAGAAUCAACUUUGUUGAUCUUGCUGGCAUUGGUGAUAACAACGUUGAUGGUUUCAGGAGACAAACUGUUCAAGAAGAGCGAUUUGUUAAGAACUCACUUUCAAAACUUGGGAGAUUGGUCAACAUUUUAUCAGAUUCCACUAGCCAUGAAAAUGACGAAAAGGUUCCACGCGUGGACUCUUGUUUGAAUAACGCAUUGCAAGACACUCUUGGAGGCAAUGCCAAAGCUACAUUUAUUUGUACCAUUUUCCCAGAUAAAAGGUAUAAAGCAAUAACACUAAGCACACUAAGAUUUGGAGGACGGGUGAAACGAAUGCAAAACAAGGCUAUAAUUAAUGAAAUAUCUGAAGAUGAUGUUAAUGGUCUGAGCGACCAAAUACGUCAGUUAAAGGAAGAGCUCAUAAGAGCAAAAUCAUUUGGAAGUAAUUGUGUUUUUAGCACGGAAGGACAUUUCAAAAGGCAUACUAAUCGUGAGAGCUUAAAUAUUCUAAGACGGAGCCUUAAUCGUUCUUUGUUUCUACCUUCCAUAGAUAAUGAUACAGAAGUUGAUAUGGAUGUUGAUGAGGAAGAUGUUAAGGACUUGUGCGUUCAGUUCAAUGACUUAAAUUCUUCUAUGGGCGACCAAACUAAAAAUCCUGCAGAAGACUCCAUAUCCCUAUUGUCAUCUGAUUGCAUGCCUAAUACAGAACUCGACAGUAUCGUGGAUCAAAGCGGGAGUAAAACUGAUCAAAAGCCUAAUUUUUGCUCAUUCCCAGAGAGCAAUGAAUUAAAACAAGAGAAUGCUGAAGUACAGGAACUUGAAAAACCCAAUACAUUAAAGGUUCUGAUCAUGAAGAGCAAUAGUGUUCUGUGUAACUCAGAAAAUUCCACUCCUUGCAAUCAAACGCCAUUACUAGAAGAGCCGGUCAUUUGUGCGUCACCUAAAGUUGAUGAUAGCUUAAAGAAAAGCUCAUCUAACUCACCCACCCUUCUUAUAACGAACGUUGCCUCUGAAAGCCCAAAGCACGAUUCAGAAAAAGGGUCAUUCAGUAAGGUGACAGAUCCUAUUCGAUCAUCCUCUUUGCAAUCAAGUAAAGUCAACCCUAUUGAGUCAUUGGCGGCUAGCCUUCAUAGAGGUUUACAAAUUAUUGACUAUCAUCAACGGAAUUCAGCCUCGAGUAAAUCACCUGUUGCUCUUUCUUUUGAGCAUUUGUCUUUGAUCUCAUAUCAGUCGGAUAUGAAGAAGAUUGAGGCGUCACCGAAGGAUAUGAAUGCUACUUUCCUGUGUUCAGAUUGCAAAAAACAAGUGACUACUUAUGGUACGUACAACAUGGAUGUGCCGAUUAAUCAAGCUGACAAUUUUGGACUUUCAAAGGAAAUUAACAAAGAAGCGUUCGAGGUAUUAUACGCAAGCAGAGCUUUCUUGAUAAAAUUUUCAAAUAUUUGUGCUAAUUUCGUGAAUGCAUUGGUAAAAAAGGGUGGAAUUAACGCUUCGGAAGAUGUCAACCAGAGAAACGCUGAACUAGAAGCUCUAUGCGCAGAACAAGCGGAGAAAAUAAAAAAACUGGAUUCUCAGUUUGAGCUGCAGAUUGAUUUGUACAGCAAGCAAAGUUCAAACUUGAAUCAUAAUCCUUCUGUGGUUGAGGAGUCCAAGAAUGAGGAGAAAGCUUCUUUUUCGAAUCAAGAAAACGUUACUGAUCAUGGAACCAGUUUAGAUUGCAGCGACAAGGAGGCUCUUCUUAAGGAAAUAGAGCACCUAAGAAAGCAGUUGAAGUCUUAUACCUGUAGUAGCUCUACGAAUGUUUCCCCUCUUGAGCAGUUAAGGAAUGGCAGCAGCACGCCAGUAAAGGUAGAAGAAGAACUUGAAAGUGAAAAAGUGCGGUGGAUGGAAUCCGAGAGUAGGUGGAUAUCUCUAACUGAAGAAUUGAGGAUUGAUCUUGAAUCAAAUCGCAGGCUCGCAGAGAAAAAGGAACUUGAGCUUAGCCUUGAGAAGCAAUGCACAGCUGAAUUGGAUGAUGCACUACAUCGUUCCAUACUGGGGCACGCUAGAAUUAUUGAACAUUAUUGUGAGCUCCAGGAGAAAUAUAAUGAAUUGCUUGCCAAACAUAGAAAGAUCAUGGAGGGCAUCGCAGAAGUGAAGAAAGCAGCUGCAAAAGCAGAAUCAAAAUGUAAAGGAUCAGCUUUCGCUGCAGCUCUUGCAGCUGAGCUUGCAACAUCUAGAAUUGAAAGAGAGAAGGAGAGGAAAUACCUCAAGGAGCAGAACCGGGUUCUUAAGCUUCAACUUAGAGAUACAGCUGAAGCUGUUCAUGCUGCAGGAGAACUACUUGUGCGUUUGAAGGAAGCUGAAGAAGCUGUUUCAAUCACAGAGGAAAAGUAUGGUAAAGCGCAGCAAGAAAUAGAGAAGCUUAGGAGGCAAAUAGAGAAGUUAAAGAAAAAACAUACAAUGGAGAUUGCCACAAUGAAACACUACCUUGCAGAGAGUCGAUUGCCAGAAUCUGCAUUAGAACCGCUCUAUCAGCAUGAAUGUGAUAAUGUUGAUCCGAACAGGGCAACUUUGCCUGAUGAUAUGUCAUGGAGGUCUGCAUUCAAGCCUUCUUAUCAGUAGUGAAACACGAGUUUUCAAUGCUGGAAUUUAGUCAACUGGUCAAGUUGACAUUAUAAUUUUGUCAACUGAGUUGUUCUGAUGUUGGAUUUAAGAUUUAUUGUUGGAUAAAUUUAGUGAUAUUUUUUAAUAGGUGGUUAAUGUGUUUGUAAUGAGAAAGAAUUCUUCUGUAAGCCCCCAUACAGACCCUUAACAGUCCAUUAGCAGCCUGCAAGCAUGUAACUUUCUAUGUUAAAACUUUCUUCCAUUUCCUAAGGAUUUGCGAACUUCUUUUCUCUA